GGCUGAUUUUUUUCUUUUCCUCCCACCCCUCUUCUUUCUCGCCUCUCGUUUCCACAUCCGGCUGGCGGCUAGAGUUGCUGCCGCCACCACAACCACCUCCACCAUCCAUGCUCCUCCAGCUCCCCGAGAAGCUUAUCUAUCUCCUCCUGGACCUUCUAACUCCUCUUCCCCAAGAUUCGAGAUGGAAGGGAUGGGGAAGAAGAGGCGCCCGCUGAUGGUGAUGGACUCCUCGUUGACCGCGGCGGCGCAGACGGCGUCGAGGGGUCCAGAGACCGGGGCGUGGGAGUGGAUGGCAAGGGAGCGCGCAGCCGUCGACCCCGUGCACUGUCUCCCUCUCUCCUCAACGACUCGCGGCGAAGAAGCCGCUGGAGGAGGAGCUCGACCCGGACGACGGUGGCCGGAGGACGUCACCAUGGGGAUUUGCUGCAAAGGGCCACCGGAGGAGGAGCCCAACUACAGGAGAAUGCGGUGUAGCAAGAGCCUCGCCAGCAUCGUCGGCAUCGAGCAGUCCUCUAAAGCUCGUCCUCACCACCACGGACGCCGAAACGGCUCCAAUGGAAAGGUUGGAUGCUCACAUGGAAGAAGUGAUCUGAUUUUGCUCUCUCAUCUCUCUUUGUAGAUUUUUGUUCAUGCUGGGAUGUGUUCAUGUGUGGAAGCUGGGCUGUGUCUAUAUGUACAUUUUUGUUCAUGCAAGAAUUUUUUAUUUACACUCAUUAGAUUAUGUUAUUCUCAUGUGUAGCUCGUCAUUUAUCCAAAAUAUUGUUCUUCCAUUUGGGGCUUUAGUUGCAGAUUCAUGCUUAAAAUUAUAUUGUUCAGACG